AUGCAGUGCAAAGCCAAUCUUAACAGAAUUCCUUGCCAUAACUCGGCGGAAAGCAAUUCCUAUUGCCCACUACAUUAUAUGCAAGAACGGGCGUUAUACCAUUUUUAUAAAGAAAACGAGCACGAGUUCGAAGCACUACAACGCUCACAGAAAUAUCGUGAGCGCCAGCACAAAUAUUUAGCAACCGCACAUCGAUACCUCUCGUUGGCUAUUUGUGGACGAAUUUUACACUCGAAGUGGUUCUUCCCAAAUGACUUGUGUCUCGGCCACUGGGAGCGCACUAUGAUACUUAGAAGCCAAAGAAGGGAAGUUGAGUACGCAGUCCUUACGACGGGCCACAGUAUACGAGUUCAAGAAUACCAUGACAGAGAAAUCAUGAAUGAACUCAUGAACGCAACACAGAUUUUCGGCAUGGACGAAGCCGUUGGCAUAAAAAUAAAAGAUUUAAUCAAUAAACUUCCGGCAAUAGAGAUCUCGCCAGAAAGCGAGCUUGGCACCGUUUCCCUAGAAAGCUAUAUGGAAAGUGUCAAAGCACCUACGGAGUGGUAA